UGCUUGCGAGUUUCCAAGAAGAGUUGAUGUAGUGCAAAAUUAUUGUGCCAUAAGCUCGAUCAGAGUCUAUAAAGAGCGACCCUUCAGCACCAGCUCCCCACACAGCAAAUAGUUAUUCACAAGAAACCACGCAAGAGAGAGCAGGAGAGCGAAAGUCAGCGAGCCAUGAACCUCGCGGUGGCCGCCGUCAGCUCUAUCAUCCCCAUGCUGGGCAGGCUCCUCACCAAGGAGUACAACCUACAGAAGAGCGCCAAGGAAGAUGUCAAGUAUCUGCAGAGAGAGCUCAUGAGCAUGCACGCCGCCCUGAGAGCCAUCGCCGAGGUGCCGCCGGACCAACUUCCCUGGCAGGACAUGCUCUGGGCCGGCGACAUCACGGAGCUGUCCCACGACAUCAAGGAUCUCUUGGAGAGCUUCGAUGCGUGCGUCGCCGGCUCCGUGCCUCCCCCCGACGCGGGUUACUUCCAGGUGCUCAAGGUAAAAAUGGCCAACUUGUUCAAGAUGGCCAAGGUUCGCCGUGAGAUUGCCACCGCGGUGAAAGGUGUCAAAGAGCAUGUGCAAGAAGUGGCCAACCGAGAUGACAGGUAUAGAUGUCGUGGCGGUGGUGCAGCCCCACGGACUACAACCACCAUCGACCCUCUUCUGUUGGUUCUGUACGGAAACCAGAAGACGGUUGGCAUGGAUGCUGCAAGGGACAAGAUUAUGGCCAAGUUGGUACAUGGUGCAACUGGGCUUCAGAUACUCUCCAUAGUUGGGUUUGGAGGGCUGGGUAAGACCACUCUGGCUAAAGCAGUAUAUGAUAUGGCUGCAAAAAUAAAAUACGAUUGUAGGGUUUUUGUGUCAGUCUCUCGGAAUCCUGACAUAAGAAAGAUUUUUAGAAAACUGCUCUUCCAGUUUGAUGUGGAAACGUAUAUACGUUUCAAUCAAACGGAGUUGGAUGAAACGCAGCUCAUCAGUUUACUGCGACAAUCGAUAGGGGCCAAGAGGUACUUAAUCGUCGUUGAUGAUAUAUGGGAUACCAAUGCAUGGGGGCUAAUCAGUUUAGCUUUUAUGGAUAAUAACACCAGAAGUAGAAUAAUCACAACAACCCGCAAUUUUGAUGUCUCUAGAGCAUGUUGCUCUUUUGAUAAUGAGCUUAUCCAUACAAUGGAACCUCUCUCUGAAGGUGACUCCAAAAAGCUCUUCUACGAGAGAAUAUUCGCAAGCGAGACUGGAUGUCCUCCUGAACUGGAGCAGGUCUCCACAGAGAUCUUGAAGAAAUGUGCUGGAGUGCCAUUAGCCAUUAUUGCUCUAGCUGGCCAUUUGACAAGUAAUCAGCAGAUAAAACCAGAAGGUCAAUGGCAUGACUUACUUAAUUCUAUUGGUCGUGGGCUUACAAAUGGUGGUAGUGUGGAGCACAUGAAGAAGAUAUUAUCAUUCAGCUAUUAUGAUCUCCCAUCCCAUCUGAAGACUUGUUUAUUGUAUCUAAGUAUAUUCCCAGAAGACUAUUACAUUGACAAGACUCGGUUGGUGAAAAGAUGGAUAGCCGAAGGGUUUAUCCAAGGUGAAGACUUAUUUGAGCUCGGUGAGAGCUAUUUCAAUGAGCUUGUCAAUAGAAGUAUGAUCCAACCGAUAAACAUUGACACCGAUGGUAGGGCAAAAGGCUGUCGUGUCCAUGACAUGAUGCUUGAUCUCAUAUGUGAUUUGUCGAGUGAAAAUAAUUUUAUCAGUAUAUUGGAUACUAUCAAGGGAGACUGGUCUUUCAAAAGAAAUAUGCGCAGGCUGUCCCUCCAGAAGAGAAUGACAGAGCUCACCAGCACUCAACUGUCUACAACGAGCAUGUCACAAGUGAGAUCCUUCACCGUUUUUAGUCCUGCUAUUAAUCAGAUGCUUUCUCUUUCACUAUUUAAAGUUUUGCGUGUGUUGGAUCUAGAAGAUUGUAAUCUUGGAAAUGAUCGUGGUCUUAACCUCCAUUGUGUCGGGAAUUUGUUACAACUGAGGUACCUAGGAUUAAGGGACACAAAACUCCGUGAGAUCCCGACGGAAAUAGGAAAUCUCCGGCUGUUACAGAUAUUGGACUUGCAUGGGGUAGAUGCAGAAAAAUUGCCAACGGGUGUUGUUGGCCUAAGUUAUCUGAUGUUUCUACAUCUUAGAGAAAAUACAGACCUACCAGUAGGCUAUAGGAAUUUGACGUUCCUCCAAGAGCUAACCAAAGCAAACUUCAGUGAUGAUAUGGAAGGGCUGCGCUUCCUGACAGAGCUGAGGGUGCUUUCCUUUAGUUGGCCAUCAGGGUGUGGUCCCGACAAAAUUGAUAUUUUGGUAAACUCCCUAAGGAACCUGGAAAAACUACAAAGCCUAGAGAUUACAUCUGAGAGCAUUGAUCUCAUGGAGAGCAGCUGGAUGCCCUAUCCAGCGCAACAACUCCGUAGGCUUGUGUUGCAUGGAUGGUUUCAUAAUCUGCCAGGAUUUAUUAGUUCUUCAUGGCAUCCCCGCCUCUCCUACCUAUGGAUAGAAGUCCGCAAACUGCAACCGUGGGACAUUCAUGACCUUGGGACUCUGCCAGCUCUUCGUUAUCUCUACCUGAAGUCAAUCUUGGACACUGCCAUGGAAGAGCGUGCCACGCAAAGCUCCCCGCUUAAUAUUGAUGGAUUCCCUUGCGCGACAGAGUGCUGGUUCGAAGGUGUUACAGUGAAUCCAUUAGGGUUCCGGCCAGGAACUAUGCCUAUGGUUCGAUGCCUUGCGUUCGGUGCCCAAGUGUGGAACAUCCUCGAUAUACGUCAUUCGAUAAAGCACCUAGGUCCAGAUGGCUUGGAGUUGGACUACUUGAGCUGGAGCAUAAUGCACCUCUCUUCGCUCGAGCAACUCUCCGUUGAUCUACAUGGCGAGGAGGCUAGCAGCGCAAGGUAUACUAGAGCGGAGGCCGCGCUGAAGCACGCGACGUACAACCAUCCCAACCGUCCCAAGGUCAACAUCUGGAGUCCUAGAGGCUGAAGAGCUGAAGAGCUGCAGCCCCACGAGCAAGGGCACUCGGCCUCUGCAUGCUACAGCUGCGUAGCAUGGGAGGUGUGAUCGAUUUCGUCGCAAUCAGCUUCAUCUUUAAUGUUCUUUCGUCGCAAUCAGCUCCACCUGCAUUGUUGCUUCAUUGUUCCUUCGGCGUCAAGAAGAAGUUUUGUCUCCCCCGUAAAGAAGACAAAAAAAGAAAAGUCUGGUGACAUUGCAUAUGUUUGCGCCCUCUCUGCUUUUGGGUUCGUGAAUUCAAAAACCGUUAAAUUUGUACGGUUCGUUCGCGCAUCAUGCGUGCUGCUAGCUAGCUACCUGGAUUGAUUGAAUGUAUUGGGUGGCAAAAUUAUGAUGUACAUCUUGAUUGUGAUUUCUUGGAAAGUUUUCCUUUCUCUUCAAAGGAGCAGCUUAAUACUUUUCACGUGGAUUAUUAAAUAAUUCUUGAGAUGAAUUCACGAGGUUUUCGCGCAACUUAGGUGGAGCAUUAAUUAGCUAUUAGAUGAGAUGUGUGUAUAGACAUGAGGCUAAUAUAACAUGAUCUCAACAUAUGC